UGUUUGAUGUAUUGAUCCGAGAUAAACAGACUUGAAGCUUUGUUGUUAUGCCUUUGGAGAUGGAGCCCAAAAUGAGCAAACUUGCCUUUGGGUGCCAGAGAAGUUCCACAUCAGAUGAUGAUUCUGGCUGUGCAUUGGAAGAGUAUGCCUGGGUUCCCCCAGGGCUUAGACCAGAACAGAUCCAGCUCUAUUUUGCUUGCCUACCUGAGGAAAAGGUUCCUUACGUUAACAGUCCUGGAGAGAAGCACCGGAUUAAACAACUUUUAUACCAGUUGCCACCACAUGAUAAUGAGGUGCGGUAUUGCCAGUCUUUGAGUGAAGAAGAGAAAAAAGAAUUGCAAGAGUUCAGUGCUCAGAGGAAGAAAGAAGCACUUGGAAGAGGAACAAUCAAACUUUUGUCCAGAGCAAUGAUGCAUGCUGUGUGUGAACAGUGUGGCUUGAAGAUAAAUGGAGGUGAAAUUGCAGUGUUUGCCUCCCGUGGCCCUGGAAUAUGUUGGCAUCCAUCCUGUUUUGUGUGCUUCACGUGUAAUGAGAUGCUGGUCGACCUCAUCUAUUUUUAUCAGGAUGGAAAAAUUCACUGUGGUAGGCACCAUGCAGAACUGCUCAAACCACGGUGUUCAGCAUGUGAUGAGAUUAUUUUUGCUGAUGAGUGCACAGAAGCUGAGGGUCGCCACUGGCACAUGAAACACUUUUGCUGCCUCGAGUGUGAAACAGUUCUAGGAGGGCAAAGAUACAUCAUGAAGGACGGCCGUCCGUUCUGCUGUGGCUGUUUUGAGUCUCUGUAUGCAGAGUACUGUGAAACUUGCGGAGAACAUAUUGGUGUUGACCAUGCCCAGAUGACUUAUGAUGGGCAGCACUGGCAUGCUACCGAAGCCUGCUUUUCUUGUGCCCAGUGCAAAGCUUCUUUAUUGGGCUGUCCUUUCCUUCCUAAACAAGGUCAGAUCUAUUGCUCAAAAACAUGUAGCCUUGGUGAAGACAUUCAUGCUUCUGACUCGUCGGAUUCUGCAUUUCAAUCUGCUCGAUCCAGAGAUUCCAGAAGAAGUAUCCGAAUGGGCAAAAGCAGUCGAUCAGCAGAUCAGUGUAGACAGUCUCUCCUCCUUUCUCCUGCUCUGAACUACAAGUUUCCUGGUCUUUCAGGCAAUGCUGAUGAUACCCUCUCUAGGAAACUGGAUGACCUGAACCUCUCCAGGCAAGGGGCAAGUUUUGUCAAUGAAGAAUUUUGGAAGGGAAGAAUAGAGCAGGAGACCUCAGAGGACCCUGAAGAAUGGGCCGAGCAUGAAGAUUACAUGACACAGCUCCUCCUCAAGUUUGGUGAUAAAAGCCUCUUUCAGCAGGAUAUUCGAGCCAGUGAUAACUGGCUAUCGGAUAACUUGGUCAAAAAUAAGACAGAGUUAAAGCAAAAUAACCAGAGCCUUGCAAGUAAAAAAUACCAAUCUGAUAUGUAUUGGGCACAGUCGCAAGAUGGGCUUGGUGAUUCUGCUUAUGGCAGCCACCCAGGCCCUGCCAGCAGUAGAAGGCUCCAGGAAUUAGAUCUGGACCACGGGGCUUCAGGAUAUAAUCAUGAUCAAACGCAGUGGUAUGAAGAUUCCUUGGAGUGUUUGUCAGACUUGAAACCAGAGCAAAGUGUUCGGGAUUCUAUGGAUUCUUUGGCUUUAUCUAAUAUCACAGGGGCUUCAGUGGAUGGAGAGAGCAAACCAAGGCCAUCAUUAUAUUCUCUGCAAAACUUUGAGGAAAUGGAGACAGAAGACUGUGAGAAAAUGAGCAAUAUGGGGACUUUGAAUUCUUCCAUGCUUCACAGGAGUGCAGAAUCCUUAAAGAGUCUAAGUUCGGAGUUGUGUCCAGAAAAAAUCAUGCCUGAGGAGAAACCAGUACAUCUGCCGGUGCUUAGGAGAUCCAAGUCACAAUCGAGACCACAGCAGGUUAAGUUUUCAGAUGAUGUUAUUGAUAAUGGAAAUUAUGACAACAUAGAAAUUCGGCAGCCUCCAAUGAGUGAGAGGACUCGGAGACGGGUCUACCAUUUUGAAGAAAGAGGAUCCAGGCCUCAUCACCAUCGCCGUAGGAGAAGUAGGAAAUCCCGCUCUGACAAUGCCCUAAAUCUUGUCACGGAACGGAAAUACUCUCCCAAAGACCGACUGCAGCUUUAUACCCCUGAUAACUAUGAAAGAUUUAUACAGAAUAAAAGUGCCCGAGAGGUUCAAGCAUACAUCCAGAAUGCUGACCUCUACAGACAGUAUUCUCAUGCCACUUCUGAUUAUGCACUGCAGAAUCCAGGAAUGAACAGGUUUCUGGGAUUGUACGGUGACGACGACGAUUCCUGGUGUUCUACGUCUUCCUCCUCUGACUCAGAGGAAGAAGGAUAUUUUCUUGGACAACCAAUUCCUCAACCCAGGCCACAGAGAUAUGCCUACUAUACAGAGAGCCUUUCCAACCCAACCUCUGCACUUCCCACUCCUCAGUUUGGUCAGCGGGUAACAAAAUCCAAGAAGAAAAAGGGACACAAGGGCAAAAACUGUAUUAUAUCUUAACCUCAUCGCUAUUGGAGAUCAUGUUUAAAUUUAGCCAUCAAUCAUCUUGAAUCAUAUCUUUUCUUCCAUAGGGAAGUAACUAAAAUAGUUUGAAG